UUCCGCACUUCCGGCUGCCAUUCAGCCGGUGUUUGUGCUGCGUAUUAUGCAGUUUUAUGCUGCCAUGCCCGCACUCCGCCGGCAGCAACUGGUGAAUCACACACCACCGGAACAUCCGGACCUGGGCGCGCUGCGCUCGGCGCUCAGCGAGGUCCACCAGCUGGCCUCGCGCAUCAACAGCCUGGAGCAGGAGACCAUGCAGAACGAGGCACUACAGCAGAUGCUGCGCGAGGUGGAGGCGGCCGUGGACGGGCUGGACGGUCUGGUGAUGCCCGAUAGGAUAUUGAUUCGUCACGACCAGGUGACCAUGACGACUACUCUGGGCACCAAGAAGGAGCGCUGCCUCUUUCUCUUCAACGAUCUGCUUGUGAUCGCCAGCAUCAAGCGGCGGGCGGGAGCCACCCGCAAGCCCUCCACAGCACUGGCUGACGGCUCGGUCACGGGCCUGGAGGCCAACAAGUACAAAUGCUCAUGAAGAUUCCUCUGGCCGAUCUGAACAUUGCGCGCUCCAAAGACGAGAAUCUGAGUUCGCUUCUGAAGGAGGUAGAAAAGAUUGAAGAGGACAUUGCAACCCUGCGUCAGAUCGGGGUGAUGGUCUGCAAACUGCACUGUAAUCACUAUCAGGUGGAGGAGCUUGUGAAGGAGAU